CAACAUUGUGGCUUCUCUAUUUCUUUGAGUCGCGAUAAUUCUUCUUCCACAUCGAUAACAGUUGUUGCUUUGUCACAAUAUGUAUAACGGAAUAGGGUUACAAACUCCAAGAGGGUCUGGUACCAAUGGCUACAUUCAGAGCAACAAGUUCUUCGUCAAGCCGAGAACUUCCAAGGUUGCUGAGAAUAUGAAGGGCUUUGAAGGAGAUCAGGGUACUGCUGGUGUUUCCAGAAAGGCUAACAAAGAGAUUCUUGAGCAUGAUCGUAAGCGUCAGAUUCAGCUCAAACUUGUUAUUCUUGAAGACAAGUUAAUUGAUCAGGGUAAUACUGAUGCUGAGAUCGCUGAGAAACUCGAGGAGGCUCGCAAUAGCUUGGAGGCUGCAGCUGACGAAAAUGAUUCUAAUUUGGACAAGUGAGUUUUU